UUGUACACUGCGUGAAGUGCCUUUGUUCGGAGCGCGAAAAUGUGCGAAUUAAAAUUAUAAUCAUCACCAUUAAUUAAUUAUCCCUCACAGGUUGGGCAUAGUGGUUCAGUAAGCUAAAGCGAGUGAAGAAGAAGAGUGUGAGUGGGUGGUUGCGAUUUUAGAAUCGGUGUGGAGUGUUCGUUUCCGCUCAGUGUUGAAAUCGCAAUCUCGAGUGAAUGUGAUCCCUGGAAUUGGUGCAACGGCAUGCAAAGCAGUGGUGCUGCAUGAAGGAGACCCAUACAGUGACGACAAUUGCAGCAGCAGCAGCAGCAGCAGCAUCAGAAGUGUCUAGGGCAGCAUGAUGACCAUACGUGGGAUUUGGUCAGGACCUCAGUUUAAAAUGUUAGUGCUGCUGACCGUGACGAUGGUGUUGGCGUUGGUUGUGCCAUCCAACGAGGAACCGUACGGUGGUGGCGGUGGAUAUUUUGGAGCAGAAACACAAUGUCCGCGACUAUGUGCCUGCACGGGCACGACAGUAGAUUGUUCGCAUCGAGGAUUGACCCAGGUGCCGCGGAAGAUUCUAUCGGAGACCGAUAGACUGGAUCUACAAGGCAAUAACAUCAGUGUCAUCUACGAGUCCGACUUGCAAGGAUUGGUGGAGCUGCGAAUACUUACUCUACCAGGUUUUCCGGAAUGCCACACCUUUCAGAAAGUACAUUUGCAUCCGAUUGUCAACUUUCCUGGUUGGCCUAUGCCACACCGUACACUCGAUGUCGUUUGCUCGGACAGCACGUGGCGGAUCUGCUUGAAUGUUAGUUAGGAUGAGCACCGUUCUCACCAAACGGCCGGGUUCUGCCGACGACGUGUGUCCGGUCCACUGGAUUUCAGCCACAUAAUUGUUGUAUGCUCCAAACGAGUGAAUAGAGGACCUAGUUACACAACCACAUUGAUCACACGCAACGGCUUUGUUCUGUCUGUCCAUCGUCCUUUGAGAAUAAAACAUUGUAUGGGUUUGGCAUAGGAUACUCCUAUCGAUGACAGAGCCCUCAAUGUUUGUCCUGGAGUUUGGCACGAAGAUCCACUGAAUUACGUACAUCCAAUCAACCUCACAAAGGAAAUGCGGUUACUCAUACACCAGAGAAAGUAACUCGAAGGCCGACUGCUUGCCUUCAUGAAUAAUUCCCAUCGAUUGUGUUGGGCAACACUUCUUGGAGUCACAUCAAUUUGCUACACUUAAUGCUGUACAGUAUGUGCAUGCUUUGUGCAAUUCUACGGUCAUUAAAGUAUACACGACACGAACCAUAAGCUGCACGGGCAAAUGUACAGUAGUCGCCGUGGAACCCGCAUUGACUCACGUUCUUAUAAAAAUUUGCCACCAUAAACUAAUUUCCCUCUUCAUUAUGCGACACACGCAAACGUGUUAUGAACUUUUUUUUUAUUUUGCUACCUUCUCCCAUGUUCAUCAUAAUUAUGGAAGCGCAGUGCAACGGGCCGGUAGCACCCAAACACGUCCAACACUUGGCGCGAAACCAUAUCAAACGUGAUAGGACACUAAUUUAUUUUCCCCAGCAUUCUAAUGAAGUUUCCAGCAGCAGCGGCCACGGUACGGUGGUUUCCAUUUUGCCUUGUUUUCCGUUCACAAUAAAAUGCAAAUUGCAUUCAAACAUAAUCUCAUCCGUGGUGGCUCACGUGGCGGAUAAAAACGGCAGCUUCCGGCAGAUGAAGCUUACCGAGCAGAAACGAAAAUAAAAAUCCUGCUAGUAGAUUUAAACCAAUCAAAUCCACCACAAAAUGGCUCUGAUCCAAUGGUACUCCGGCCCGGCGUACUCUAUCAGCCCGAACGCACGCUUUGUAAUUGCACGCAUUUGAAAGGAGGUCAAACGGUGGAUUUGGUUGAACGCUACUCAACUGUGCCACACGAUUGGAGCGACGAAUUUUUGCUGCAAAUGGGACCAUCCAUUUUUCCACGUUCGUGCUCCGUGUCCCGUGCACUUCUCGUGCAUUUCCUGCCGCAGGGUAACAAACUCAUAAACCUCACGCUCACUUGCCGUGUCGUCUAUCAUCAUCAUCAACACCGUCACCCGAAUGGUUGGUGACGUUGUAAGAACCGCGAAAACCAGAAGCAAUCUCGGCACCACACACCUGUACACAGCAACAUACCCCGAGGACCCUGCACCAGGAUCGCUCGCCCUCCGCACGCUCAGGAUUCAUUUUCCGAGCCACAACUGCAUACGUGACACUCAUGAAUAUGUAAAUGUUAAUUUAUGCCACCUCCGUGUGUGUUCAUCAUGGACAAUUUGUGUGUUUGUGAGCGUCCUGCAUGGAUUUUCGAUAAAGCAGUCCAGUGUGACGAGGAUUGGGUUUGCGAAUUUCACACUUCGUGCAGUGUGUGUAACAGAUGAACGACUGACUACCGGUUAGAAAAAGUGGAAAAUGGACACCAGGCCCAUGCAGCACUCUUGUGUUUGGAUCAAUGCAAUCAAAUUACUAAACGGACCGGUCCAAAAUGUUCCAACGCAGUUCGGCAACGUGUCUAGACCAGUGGCAAUGGUUUGUGUGUGUCGUGUAUUAUUUUGUGUUCUUUUUACACCGUUUUCAAUAUCAACUAUGUGAUGGGUAGUCCUUUUGAGUUCGAUGCAUUUCCGUUAACAAUAUCUUAACAAAGAUAGACUUGUCAAAUAAGAAUAUUUUGCGAGUCUUCUACGAUAUCAUCAAUAGACUAGCGCCCUUAACAUUUCUAUGCGAAUAAAAGCAAUGGAGCCCAGAAGGGGUCCGCUCAGCAGCGUGGGUACCAAAGCCAGGGAGGAAUAAAAUAUUUAACACAACCCGUAAUCUUAGUUGCAGCUAAACAGGACGUAAAAUUCUUAUCAUAAGUGAACAGAGCAACGGUUUCCAUCCUUGAUCCAUACAACCUAAAAAAACUCUACGUUGAAUCCCCUUUUUACGCCAAGGAUAACUCCUUUGCAUAAUUUUAACAAACUGGAACCUAGAGUGUUUUUUUUGGCAAAAUUAUCGUAAUAAAAUUAAGAGUUUACCGACUGGCGUUUUCAAAGGAUUGAUCUAACCCUGCUGCUGCUGCAAUGAACGCUAACGAAAUAAGUUGAGUGUGUAAAAACGUAUGAAGGAUCGGCGCAGUCAAUCUAACCUGUUGUCAAUAUGCAGAUAAUUUUAUCCUCGACUUUGAGUAAUCAAUCCACUUCUAUCGUACAUGAUGCGUCAUGACUAUAAUUUAAUUAAUCAUUUUUGGUUUGACAGACUCGCUCAAGACCAUAACUUAAAUAAUAAGUAAUCGUAGUUUUGAGAGAUGAAAAUGUAUUUAUCUAUUUGGGCUUUUCUUAAAUUGAUACAUACCUGAUUAUAUCAUAAUUGCGAAUGAAUCCUCGAAUGAACAAUAUCUACUGUUCCUUGCGUACCAACCCAUUCAUUCCCAUACUUACAGAAGCACUCCUGUUAUUUGUGGUAACAUCUCAAUUCCAUCCGAUCCUAGUUUUGAAGCACCGCACUUGAAACUCUCCAAUCGAAAUCCCCUUGACGCAAGAAUAUUUCGGAAACCUCAAAGCAGUAUGGUGAGCUAUGGGACUCGGAAGGGAACCGAAGACUCAUAACCAUUUUCUCAUUUAUUUCAGACAUUUGUGUUUGUGACCUUUGCUCACUAAUUAAUGCUCAUUUAUUUGCGCUUGUUCACUUAAACGUCUUAGUUUGGCAGCUUGGAGCAUGAAUGCAGAGCCAAGUCAAACCAUUUGACAAUGAUUCUCAAAAUUAAUUUGGAGCGAAAGUAUGGUUCGCGUGCUAAAAUUCUCUUGUUAGCUCGUGUUUUACUGCGAGCGGACAAUAAUUUAAUUAGAUUAAAGAUCUAAGAUUGCACGUUGUCUACUGGUAAUUUUUUUAGCUUGAGUGCUUUGGUAUGCACCCAUCAUUGGGUGCUCUCUUCGUUUAAAGUCAUUGUCUAAUACCUACAAAGUCUAAUGAUCUCAUCAAUAAUAUUUCGUUGAAUUUGAACUUUAAUUAAUAAAGUAAAGAUAUUACACACAUUAAACACAUUGACCUCAAGCAUUUAACAUAGGGUGGAGAUAGUUAAAACAUUUUAUAUUUUAUGACCCACAGUUAUACCUGGCUUUGCCGUAGUAAUAUAAAUAAAAAAUUUCAUCUGGAAACCUUUAAUAAUGAGUUAAUACUGGAUUUGUUAUUAAUAGGAACUAAAAU